ACGCGGCGCGCCAGUCGCUCUUUUCGCGGAGAUCAAGUAGCAGCGGUCAGUUGGAGGAGGGGCGCAGCGGCUGCGAGACGUGUUGAGUGCCGUCGUCUGUCAUGUGCGUGCGUCUCGUAGCGUCUCUGCGCCGGUGCUGUUGACUCGCUGUCCCGGCGGAGCUGGGAUGCUGUGGAAAGGCGGGCGGCCGUAGCGCAGUUGCAGCCCCGGUCUCAGGCGCAGCGAUGCAAGACAUGGCAACACUGCAGCAGCCCGUGGUCACCUCGCCGGCUCCCGCCCCGCCCGGCGCAGCUCGAGAGACCUCGGCCGUGGCGGGCGGCGGGGAGGCGCGGCAGGAGACGUCGCGGACGGACGCGGGGUCGCGCCAGGAGGACGAGGAGGCGAGCCGUCUCGACCACCAGGACGAGCCGCGCGGCGAGGAGGCCUCGGAGGAGAAGACCGACGGAGAGGACGAGGAGGGAGGGGACGAGGACGACUACGGCGGCUCGCGGGAGUACUUGUGCCCGAUCUGCGACGCGGCGCUGGGCUCGCAGCACGACUUCACGCUGCACAUCCGCUCGCACAACGGCAGCGGCGAGGCGGUGGCCGCGGCCCCGCCGGGCGGCUUCGUGUGCCGCGUGUGCGGCAAGGCGCUGAGCUCGGGCAGCUCGCUGGACCGCCACGUGCUGGUGCACUCGGGCGAGCGGCCGUUCCGCUGCCGCGUGUGCGGCGUGUCCUUCACGACCAACGGCAACAUGCACCGCCACCUGCGCACGCACGGCGAGGACGGCGCCUCCCCCGUCGAGGCCAAGCGGCGCCGCCUCUCCAGCCCGGCGCCCGCCGGCGACGCUGAUAGGCGGAGGGCGCUGGACCUCUCCCAGGAUGGCGAGGACUCCGCUCGGAGGAAGCACGCGUGCCCCGUCUGCUGCCGCGUGGACUUCGCGUCCUUGAACGUCCUGGAGACGCACCUGGAGGAGAUGCACCCCGAGUACAAGGCCCGCUGCCACCUCUGCAACCUCGUCUUCAAGAACCACCGCGCGCUCAACCUGCACCGCACCAUGAAGCACUUCGGCGAGGCCGGCGGCGGCAAGGCGGCCCCCGUGCUCGGCUUCCGCGACCUCACCUUCGUCGACUUCUCCAGCGACAAGUUCCCGAUCAUCGCGAGGGCCGUGUGCGAGCAGUCCCUGCACCGCGCCACCAGCGCCUUCCACCGCUUCCAGUGCGGGCUCUGCGCCAGGGCCUUCCCGUGCGGCAAGGCGCUCGCCAUCCACCGCCAGAGCUGCGACGGCGUGCGCGAGGCCAGGCUGCGGGACUGCGAGUCCGAGGAGGACGAGCGCAAGCAGGACGACUUCCUGGCGCGCCUCGACCUGCGGACCAAGUCGGCGUCCCUGUCCCCGCCGCCCGACUACCCGCGCAGGGAUGACGGCUUGGAGGGCGACUCGUACUUCACGGGGGGGCGCGACCUCGCCGACAUCCAGAGCAUCCUGUCGCUGACCUCCGCCGGCGGCCUGCUGCAGGAGCUGUGCUCGUCGCCGCGCCCCCGCAGCGACACCACGCCGCCCGACUCGGCCGCCAAGUCGUCCGACUCGGGCCACGGCGAGGACGAGCAGCAGGACUGCUUCGCCGCCGAGUUCCGCCGCAUGAAGCUGAAGGGCGAGUUCCCGUGCCGCCUGUGUGCGGCCGUGUUCCCCAACCUGCGUGCGCUCAAGGGCCACAACCGAGUGCACCUGGCGGCGAGCGGCGGCCUGCCCCGCUGCAACAUGUGUCCCUUCGCCAGCCCCGACAAGGCCGUCGUGGUGCGGCACAUGCGCACGCACAACGGCGACCGGCCCUACGAGUGCGCGCUCUGCAACUACGCCUUCACCACCAAGGCCAACUGCGAGCGCCACCUGCGCAACCGCCACUCGCAGCUGCCCAAGGACGAGGUGAAGAACUACAUCAUCUACCACCCGUCCGAGGACCCGACCAACGACCCGGGCGGCCAGGGCGGCCAGGGCAACCAGGGCAAGGCGCUCUCGGCCCGGGACGACGUGAAGAGGGCGCUGGUGUUCAGCGGGCAGUCGGACGAGGGCAGCAGGACAGAUGUCCAGGAGCCACAGGACGAGGACAGUUCUCGCUCUGCGGCCAACCACGUACCAAAGAAAACAUCCCCAUCGCAGAACCGAUUGUGGGAAACCCACGAGGUUGCCACCAUGACUCAUUUUGCUGACGACGAGGAGAUGCAAGACAGCGAUGAUAAUCAAACAGUGUCUGAUGAUAGUGUGCUAGUCAACCUUACCAAAAAUAAUAAUCUUAUAAAAAAUGCGUUACUGUUUAAAAGGCACUCUGAAGACCAAAGAAUUUUUUUGAAAGACCAAGUUCGAACAUCCAAUCUUUGCAUGCAGUUUGUGAAAAAGUGCUAUGAACAAUACAAUGAUGAAAAUGAUGUUGAAGAUAAUGCGGUGGAAGAUGAAGACGUUGAUGAAGACAACGUUCCUUUAGAUCUUAGUAUGGAUGCUUUAGAUUUAAGUAAAAAGAAGCCUAUUUCUUCAGUCCAACUUGGUGCCAAAGAUGUGAAUGAAACACAGCCGCAGGACUUAUCUAGGAAACCACUGGUACACAGCAUGGAGUUCAGCAGAAACACUCCCGUGCAAUCGGUAUUUGCACCACCUUACAAGUCUCCAAUCACUACAAUCAACAUUCCGCCAGCUAAUUCCCCAGCGAUCUACAAAAGCUCUCUCUCUCCGGGCAGUCUCGGUGCCAAUCCCAUGCCGAAAGUGGAACGGAAGAGUGGGAACUUGUAUCCUGGGCAUGCUCUGUACUUAAACAACAAUGGUUACUUCUCUGCGCAGCCUUUGUUUCAAGUGCCAUAUCUGAUGUCGUCUCAUAACCACAACCUCUUCACGGGGAGUAACUUGCAGGACUUUGCGGAGAUGAAAGAACGGCUGCACAAGGAACUGAUACGAGGUCUUAAGCUGGGUUCUGGAGGAACCUUGCUUGAUACUGCCACAAUGGCAGAAAUGUGCGCAAGGACUAAACCCGAGGUAAUCAUCGACUAUCCCGAAAGUAAGGUGAAGAUGGAAUGUGCUGGUAACGCAGGACUCUCGCCCACCAUCGACAGUAAAGAGGGCAUCAUCAACAACCUCCCUGCAACUCCCCCCAAGUUAACCGCAUCGCCGAAACCGGUCGUGAGAGAGAAAGACACGUCUGCGUCGGUGAAGAUGGUGAUAAAGAACGGCGUGUUGAUGCCGAAGCAGAAGCAGAGACGGUACCGCACGGAGAGGCCGUUCUCCUGCGAGUUCUGCUCGGCUCGCUUCACGCUCCGCUCGAACAUGGAGCGCCACAUCAAGCAGCAGCACCCGCAGUGCUGGAGCCAGCGGCAGAAGAACGGCGGAUCCCUGGGCAGACGAGGCCACGGCGGCGCGCCGGCCCACUCCCAGGACUCCAGGAGCUCCCUGGACAGCCUGGGUCACGUGGACCUCAGCGUGCCGUCGCUGGACUCCGAGAGGAACACGAAGGUCGAGGAGGCGCCCAGGCCGGAGCCGGAGCCGGAGCACAAGCCGUACAUCUCGGAGGAGGUGAAACUGGCGAUAGCCCAGAAGCUGAGCCAGCCGUGCGCCGGCGCCGUGAAGGCAGAGGACGAGGAGGAGGACGAGGACGGCCUGGUGAUCGACGAGGAGCCCGGGGACCAGCCGGCGAGCAGGAGGGAGGACGGCGUGGACCUGGCGAGCGUGUCGCGCCUGCUGGACAACGCCACGACGCAGACCCGCGCCUUCCGGCAGUACUUCCAGGGCGCGCAGGAGGAGGAGGAGGCGCGCGCGGAGGGCAGCGACGACGACGAGGAGGGCCUGGUGGCCGGCAGCAACAGCGAGGGCAACAACUCGGGCAGCGACGAGAACAGAUCGGAGUCGGAGACCCACGGCAACUGCAGCGGCCUGAAGAAGAAGAGCGCCUACUCGCUGGCCCCCAACAGGGUGUCGUGUCCCUACUGCAGCCGCAAGUUCCCCUGGUCGUCCUCGCUGCGGCGGCACGUGCUCACGCACACGGGCCAGAAGCCCUUCAAGUGCCCGCACUGCCCGCUGCUCUUCACCACCAAGUCCAACUGCGACCGCCACCUGCUGAGGAAGCACGCCGGUGCUACCGGCAGCACCCCGGCCGGCAGCAGCAGCAGCAGCGGUGGUAGCGGUGGUAGCAGCGCCGGGGAGGCCUCGCCGCCCGCCGCCGCCGGCUACACCAUGCGCAACGUGCCGGACCGCCCCUUCAAGUGCAGCGCCUGUCCCAGCUCGACCUUCUCCACGCAGAGCAACCUGCGCAAGCACCUGGCCUCGAAGCACACGGGCGGGCUCUCGGGCGCCGAGGACAGCGCCGGCGAGGACUGCGACGAGGCGGAGGCGGCCCGCCCCAGGACCCCGCCCCCCCAGCCGGCCCCCGAGGCGGUGCCCGCCCCCGAGGCCCACGGCCCGAUCUCCUCCUCGUCGUCCUCCGACCUGCCCUUCAAGUGCCACCUGUGCGAGGGCGGGUUCGCGGAGCGGCAGGAGGCGCUGGACCACAUCCGGGACCAGCACCCGCCCGAGUUCCAGCUGCUGGAGUCGAAGGGCGCGCUGGAGGCCUCGCCCGGCGAGGAGGGCCCUCAGCCCGGCCACGACGAGGGCAUCGCCCCGGGCGACGAGGGGCUGGAGCAGCUGCGCGGCAAGUUCCCCGACUACGCCAACCGCAAGGUGAUGUGCGCCUUCUGCCUGCGCCGCUUCUGGUCGGCGGAGGACCUGCGCCGCCACAUGCGCACGCACACGGGCGAGCGGCCCUUCUCGUGCGACAUCUGCCGGCGCCGCUUCACGCUCAAGCACAGCAUGCUGCGGCACCGCAAGAAGCACGGGCCCUGCUCCGGGGCGCCGCCCCCGGGCGACGAGGAGCCCCACGGGCUGGUCGUGGUGGUGCCCCGGCCGCCGCCCCCGCCCGACAAGCCCCCCGCCAGGCUCACCAACCACAACAACAACAACAUCGCGCCGGCGGGCGACGACGGCUACUGGGGCCCGAGCAAGGAGGCGCGCCUGCUCGAGCCGGACACCGGUCUCAUCGAGAAGAUGCUGGACAUCCAGGACCGCUCCAUCAUCGAGCAGGUGCUGCUGUCCAAGUCCCCGGAGGACGCCGCGAAGCUGCUCGGCGUGAAGAACGGCGGCCACGACUAGCGCCCGAGACUGUGCCGUGCCGUGCCGCGCCGCGCCGCGCGUGGUGAUCCCGGAACCGAGACUCAAACUGUUACCAUAUCAAAGAAACUGUUGUGUUACCCAUGAUUCCGACAUUCCAAAUAUUUGUGAUCGCAACUAAACAUCCAUUGAUUUUCCAAAGAAUUAUUGUUUUUUUUUUUUUUUUUUUUUUUGAAGGUUAUGUGCAUGCGUCUCGUUAACUUGUUUCAGAGAGCGGUCGUAUGAAAGCAAUAUUUAUUAAGUUAUAUAUAUAUAUACUCUUACAUUCCAAGUGCACUUUCGUGGAUUAAACUGUACUUAGCGGUAUUGGUGUGUGCUUGAAUAUGUGCUGUGUGUUAAUUUGUAAGUGGUAACGACUUGUAAACUGUUUUCUACUUAGGAAGUAUUGUUCACGGACAAUAUAGAAUGAAAAAUUCAGACACUUCAUUCCAUUGGGAAGUAUUAAAACAAUGCUCUUUAAAUCAAAUAUGCACAACAUGCUUCAAACAGAGAUCUAUGAUAUUUAUGAGUGAUUAUUGAACAGAAUAGUUACUUAUUUUCCCCACUCUCUCACCUGUAAGUACCAUAAUACACAAAACACAGUAUAUUUACUUUAAGAGUUUUAUACCUUCAGGUUGUUUCUCUAUUAUUUGUAGGGAUUUUGGUGACAGGGUAUCCUUCGAAACUUAAAUCACAUUAAUUUUAAAUUUGCAACCAUCAGAUUAAACUUUAUCUUCUUCCAUUAAAAUUUAAUUUUUUAAUGCUCGGUAAUUAUUCUUCCAUCAUUAAGAAAUUAGAGUAUAAUGAGUCAUGAUAAAUGGGAAUAAAAUUUAUAAGUUUGCAUUUUUCUCUACAAAAUUUUUUUAUGUUUUGCAAUUACUCAGUGACAUAUGGUGUGUAAUAUAAUACACAAUGCAAUUUGUGUGUGUGUGUGUAUAUGUACAUGUGUGUGAAUCAUAGUCACAUGUGCCUGUUUCCUUUUAUUUCAUAACUUUCUUACCAAGGCAUAUCAAACUUUUUACCUAUUAUAUAUAAACAUUCCAUGUCGCCAUCAAUACGUUAAAAAGUGCAUGUGAUAUUUAAAUGUAGCACUCCCAUGUUAAAGUAACUAAUAGAAUAAAAAGGGAUACUGACUGAUAGCUGAUAAGCUAUAGUUUUCAAGUCUUAGAAUAAAAUUAUUUAUUAUAAUCUUACUAAUAUAUUUUUAUUGUUAUUAUUAGUCUGUGUGAUGCUGAUGUAUUUAUUAUUUUUUUUAUUUUUGCCCUUCAAACUUGGUAUUUAUCACUGCACAGUUGAUUUUUUUCUACUAUUAAAGUAUUCUGGCAUCAUUCCCAAUUAAAAUAAACUACAGAAAGCAAGUAAAAGUUAAUUAAUUAUCUGUACUGAUAAAGUGGUUUAUGUACUGUUGUCCGUGUACGGUUUUUUUAAUUGUUUAGGUGACAUAAAUUUUUAGCAGUGAAAAAUUGGGUGUGGCACAAAGGAAUGCAAAUCAAGAGAAGUGUUUUUUUUCUUUGGUAUUGCUAAAAAUUGCUAUCUAUAAGAUAGUUUUUUUAUUUAACAAGUAGGUAAUGUAAAAUUUCCCAAAAUUUUCAAUUGGUAAGACCAAAAAUAAUGCAAUAACUUAGCAAAUAAUUGGCUGGAAGCCAAAAAUGCGAUGUUAAACUGCUGUAGUUGUAAAAUAUGUUUUGUUGUAGGAGCCCAUAAUCAGAAUAGUUUUAUUUUUCAAAACGUUGACUGCACAAUUGAGGGUAAUUUCUGUUUGUGUGGAUAUUCAUUGUAUGUGAUGAUCCAAAACUGAAAACAGCUACAUACCAAAGCAGAAGUUUAUGUAAUUAGCAAUUAGGUUUAGUCAGCUCAUGUUUUUUUUUUUGUUACAUGAUAGCAAUACUUUUUUGAAGGUUUAGUGUUGCUUGUGGUGAUCAAUUUCAGUGCUUAGGUUGUGUUGAAAAAUUUGAGCAUGUAAGUUGCAUAUUUGUUAAAAGUGGAAUUGCAAUAAAACACCCUUUGUGUGUUUGCAGUGCAGUGUGUUAAAUACAUAUGUAAAUUAUGGUACAAAUUUAGUCUGCUAGGACAGAUGCAAACCAAAUUGCUAAGUAAUAUUGUUCUAGUGCCUGCACCAUUUGUAAUAUAAAGUUUAUAGUGCACAAAAUGUUUAUUAUUGUGUGUUGUUAUUGAAAAAAACUGUUUAUGUAAUCAAAUCAAAAAGUGGCUUUCUUGUGCACUUUUUUUUUCUGGUGUGAAGUGUGUGUUCGGUUCCAUUUGUCUCAGCAUCUGUGUUUUGAAGUGAAGUACCUAGCAUAAGUAUUUCAGGGUCUAGCAAAGGAAUGGGUGCAUUUUUCCAAAGUAUUUUUUAUAUAUUUUUGGUUGUUUUGUGUAAUUUUUGUCUUUGAGUGUAUUUUUUUUAGAGAUUUAGUUUUAUCAAGUUGUUUAAAUCAUUUGUGUUCAAUGCAAAUUUAUUUGUUCUCAUGUGUUUAUUGUUCAAGAAUUCUCAAGGAAACUUUAGAACGUGGGGUUUGAUUCAGAGAUAUUGCUGUCUUUGUAAAGGAAUCAUAAAUCCUGGUGUGCUGUUCCAAGCAUGUCAUUCACUGAUCAAACCCUGGAAGUCACGUUUAUCCUCUUGUCAGGGUGAAUUAUAAUGAAAUAGCAUGGAACCAAUGUUAUAAGUUAUGGUAUUUAUAUUUUUUUCAUGUAUUUGUUCAAGCUAUUUUCAAGUGCUUUAAAGUGUACUUACACUCAAGGGAUUAAUGAGGCUUUUUUUUUGUAAAUACCUAAUAUUAUAUAAAUUAUAUGUCAAAAAUAGUCAGAAUAUUUAAAAAUUCUUAAUUUAAACUGUUUUAUUUGUACAUAAAAAGUUAUAUUUCGAAGUUAUGCCUUUGUAAAUUUCGUAUCACUCUUGUCACACAAAUAAAGAUAUUUCACAAAAAAAA